UUAAGUGAAUUUGGCAAACUCCUGGUGAAUCCCAUCUAGUCAAGCGUUCUACAACCGAUUCGAAACAAUGGGACGAAAGAAGAAGAAGGCAUCGAAGCCCUGGUGCUGGUACUGCAAUCGGGAGUUUGACGACGAGAAAAUCCUGGUCCAGCAUCAGAAGGCGAAACACUUCAAAUGCCACAUUUGCCACAAAAAGCUGUAUACGGGACCCGGUCUCUCCAUACACUGUAUGCAGGUGCACAAGGAAUCGAUCGACAAAGUGCCCAACUCACUGCCGAAUCGGUCAAACAUAGUGAUCGAAAUCUACGGCAUGGAAGGUAUACCAUCGGAGGACAUCCGAGAGCACGAGAAGCAGAAGAACGGUAACCGGUCGGAAUCGGAAGAGGAAGAACCGGCACACAAGAAGGUGAAACAGCAGGAUGCAUCGCUAGCGCAGGGUAUGAUCAUGCAAAACAUGAUGCCUCCACACCUGCAGGCAGCCUACGGCAUGAAUCCAAUGAUGGGCGCAAUGGGUGGCAUGAACCCAUACAUGGUACCACCGGGCAUGCAGAUGAUGCCGGCAAUGAUGGCCGCUGGCACCAGACCGCUGUUUCCGUCGGCUGCGGUUAGCACCGCCACGGUUCCAACCUCCUCGAAACCGACGUUCCCCGCGUACAGCUCGGCCACGAUCAGUGCGCCUCCGACUACUAACAGUGCUAUUUCUGCGGCCGCUGCUGCUAACAGUAGUAAUGCGAAUAAUGGACUCGGCGGGGACUCGGGCAAGGCGGCCUCAUCUGUGAUAUCUCACGCGGGCUCGGGGACAUCGAAAAUUGUGCACCCUCCAGAGGAUGUCAGCCUUGAGGAGAUCCGCGCUCGGAAGCCACAGUAUCAGAGUCAAGUACAGAAAGCCAUUCAACAGUUGUU